ACAGUCCUGCACCGGCAAAGGUCGCCAUCUCUCUCGCAGCCAAUCGCUUCGCUCGGUGGACAGCCGCAAAGCGUGAUGACGUAGACAAGCCCCGCAGUGGACAGCAGAGCCCUCAGACAGACUCAACAUCAGGUGAGGAGUGGUCAGCGUGGAGUGUGUGUUCUGCCACAUGUGGGGAGGGCUGGCAGAGUCGCACUCGUUUCUGUGUGUCCUCCUCCUACAGCACCCAGUGUAGUGGGCCACUGCGAGAGCAGAGACCUUGCAACAACUCUGCUGUUUGUCCAGUGCAUGGCGCAUGGGAUGAGGUGGUCACCGUGGAGUCUAUGUUCGUCCACCUGUGGCGGGGUUACAGGUCUCGAACACGAACCUGCACCCCCCCACAAUUUGGGGGAGAUCCCUGUGACGGCCCCGAGAAACAGACCAAAUUCUGCAACAUCGCUGUCUGUCCAGUGGAUGGAGUCUGGAAUGAAUGGUCCAGCUGGAGCUCAUGCUCUGCCUCCUGUUCUAAUGGGACCAUGCAGAGAACCAGAGAGUGUAACGGACCCUCGUAUGGAGGUUCUGAGUGCAGAGGAGAGUGGCUGGAGACUGUCGACUGUUUCCUUGGAGAGUGUCCGGUGGAUGGGAAGUGGCAGCCAUGGUCCUUGUGGUCAGGUUGUUCUAAAACCUGUGGAGGGGGAAAUCAGCAGAGAAACAGGAUUUGUUAUGGGCCCUUUUUUGGAGGGCAGUCUUGUCCAGGAGAACGAGAGGAGAUCCGCCGCUGUAAUGAAAAGAGAUGCCCAGAACAUUAUGAAAUAUGUGGCGAGGACAAUUUCUCCAAUGUUGUAUGGAAGAUGACUGCAGCUGGGGAUACAGCUGCAGUCCGCUGUCCUCCCAAUGCCAUAGGACUUAUCCUGCGCCGCUGCACCUUAGAUGAGGAGGGCAUCGCCUACUGGGAGAAUCCCACAUACAUGAAAUGCAUUUCCAAUGACUAUCGCAGUAUACAAACUUUAACAAGAGAACAUUUGUCCAAAGCACAGCGUGGCCUUGUGGGAGAUGGCGUUUCAGAAGUGAUGAACAAGCUGAGGGUGACCUCCAGUGAGGGGACAAGCUACAGUGGAGAUCUACUGGCUAUCGUGGACGUACUGAAAAACAUGACAGAGAUAUUCAGGAGGGCAUACUACAGCCCCAGCAGUGCAGACAUGAGGAACUUUGUGCAAUCUGUCAGCAAUCUAUUGAUGGAGGAGAACAGGGAGAGAUGGGAGGAAGCACAACUGCUGGGGCCAAACAUCAAAGAGCUGUUCCGUCUGGUAGAGGACUUUGUGGAUGUCAUUGGUCUAAGGAUGAAAGACUUCCAAGACAUGUAUGAAGUCACCGAUAACCUAGUUUUGAGCAUCCACAAGCGCCCAGUGGUGGGUCAGUCAGACAUCAGCUUCCCUAUGAAGGGCUGGAGGGGUAUGGUAGACUGGGCUCGCAACUCUGAAGACAGAGUCACCAUCCCGAAGAACAUCCUGUCUACUGGUAAGCCAGAUUCAGAUGAUUCCUCGACAUUCGUAACUGGCAUCGUUCUGUACAGGAACCUGGGCAGCAUUCUGAAUCUGCAGAGAAAUAGCACAGUCCUCAACUCCAAGGUUUUGUCAGUGACAAUCAAGCCCACUCCUGCUUCCCUUUCCGCUCCAGUUGUAGUUGAGUUCUCUCACCUGUACAACGGUACCACAAACCAAACCUGUAUAUCCUGGGACGAGAGUGACAGCGCCUCUCUGCUGGGAUCCUGGUCUGCCAGGGGCUGCAAAGCCGUGCUCGUCGACUCAUUCAGAACCAAAUGCGUGUGUGACAGACUGUCCACCUUCGCCAUUUUAGCACGGCUAAAUCCCGAAAUGAACAUGGAUAAGACACAGCUCCCAUCUGUGACGCUGAUUGUGGGCUGUGGAGUGUCUUCACUGACAUUGCUGCUACUCAUCAUCAUCUAUGUGUCUGUCUGGAGGUAUAUUCGAUCUGAGCGCUCGGUCAUCCUCAUUAACUUUUGCCUCUCCAUCAUCUCCUCCAAUGCCCUUAUUCUCAUUGGACAGACACAGACAAGGAAUAAGGUCUUAUGCACCCUGAUUGCUGCAUUCCUCCAUUUUUUCUUCCUGUCCUCAUUCUGCUGGGUUCUAACUGAGGCUUGGCAGUCGUACAUGGCAGUUACAGGCCGCCUCAGGAAUCGCAUCAUACGCAAGCGUUUCCUGUGUCUUGGAUGGGGUCUCCCUGCUCUAGUCGUGGCAAUUUCAGUGGGAUUCACCAAGGCAAAGGGAUAUGGAACACCGAGCUACUGCUGGCUGUCUCUGGAAGGAGGUCUGCUCUAUGCAUUUGUUGGACCUGCUGCAGCUGUAGUUUUGGUUAACAUGGUUAUUGGGAUUCUCGUUUUUAACAAACUGGUGUCCAAAGACGGCAUUACUGAUAUGAAACUAAAGGAGAGGGCGGGUCAGAUGACAGUGCCACUGUACAAUAUGACGCUCAAAUGUGCCAAGUGCGGAGUUAUCUCUUCGGCUGACGUUUCCACCACAGCUACCAGUAACGCCAUGGCAUCACUGUGGAGCUCCUGUGUGGUUUUGCCACUCCUGGCCCUCACAUGGAUGUCAGCUGUCCUGGCCAUCACCGAUCGGCGUUCUGCGCUCUUCCAGAUCCUUUUUGCUGUAUUUGAUUCACUAGAAGGCUUUGUCAUUGUCAUGGUUCACUGCAUCCUGCGCAGAGAGGUUCAGGAGGCAGUGAAGUGUCGUGUGGUGGACCGACAGGAAGAUGCUAACGGAGAUUCAGGAGGAUCUUUCCAGAAUGGUCAUGCUCAACUGAUGACUGACUUUGAGAAAGAUGUGGAUAUGGCUUGCAGAUCAGGCACUAUGAAGCGCUCAUCCCUUCAGGGGGAGGAGAAGGCCUCCUCUGGAACCCUCACCCUUCAGAAGGGUUCUAACUUCAACACCAUGCCAGCCAGCAUGGCUAAGGUUCACCUCCAGAAUGUGGCCGACUACACCAGCCACACUCUGACACUGCGCAGGGAGAAAGGUGCCACCAAAGGAAUCAGCACUGAGCUGCCGGGCGCUAAAUCCAUCUACAUCUGCGAUGGUGAGCUCUUCAAGCAGCUGGAUGGAGAUCUGCCUCGAGGGAACGGUGAGGGUAGCAGCUCCGAAGGUGCUGGCAAAGGCCCAAGUUACGUCAUUCUACCAACGAACAACACGGGCACCCUGAAACCGGCCAAAGGAAAGGAGGAGCAGACAGCCAAGUAUAACAUUGGCAUUGAGCAACUGCCUCAGACAAGGCUCAUCCACUUGGCUAAUCCUGCCAGCGGAGAACCUGUACCUGGCUUUGGGCUUAAGAGCCUGCCUGCUGACCAGGUCAGUGUGCCAUGCUCUGACAGAGACUCACCUGCACACAACCUGCAGAACAUGUCCAGAGACUCCCAGGUGGCCAACAACAUGUGUGAUGGUGGAGAAUCUGGAAACUCUGGUGUGAUGUCAAAGAGUGAGACGGUUUCCACACUGUCCAUGAGCUCGUUGGAGAGACGAAAAUCACGCUAUGCAGAGCUUGACUUUGAGAAAAUAAUGCACACCCGGAAACGCCACCAGGACAUGUUUCAGGACCUGAACAGGAAGAUUCACAGUGCAGACAAGGAUAGAGAAUCUCCACCUGUUGAUGCCAAAGCUGCCAAAAGAUGGAGUGUGUCCUCUGCCAGCAGCGACAAGACCAACAUGAGUGACAAACAGCAGACCCCAAGUAAGAGGGCAUGGGAGGGCAUUCGGAAGCCCCACUCCCCCCCAUCGUGGGUAAGGAAGGACCUGGAGACAGUUGCAGCCUCCCCUCUGGAGCUGCAGACAGUGGAGUGGGAGAAGACCAGUGCCACCAUUCCCCUUGUGGGCCAGGAGAUCAUGGACCUGCAGACGGAGGUGUGACUCAGAUUCCAGCCUCUUGAACCUCAUCUUCCCUUUUUUUUCCAGAGCUCUCAGACAAACAAGCCGACACACCCCCCCAUACACACUGCCCUGCUCUGUACUCCUACUCAAAGGCUGGAUGAAGCCCACUGCGAGGCCGUGAGAGGGAAGGAGGCUGAAGAGGAGAGUCACAGUAUCAGAAAAUCAGUUUGACCAAUUAAAGAGAGAACGGGAACAAAGUGUCUUUUUCUAUGUUGUUUCAUUUGAUGUUUUGAUGUCCACAAACUACUGGUCAUCUUCUCGUAUAUGGUCUGCUGCCUCACAUGGGAGACCGAUUGCCAAAGUAGCAGGUGAAGCUACUAUGUGCGCAUAGUACAGUCAUGUAAUAAACAGCAUAGUGAAGGUAAUCAUGCAAUGUUUACCCCUGUAUUAAAUGGUUACAAUGUAAUAUUCAUGAUUAUGUCUCCUUUUUUUGACUGUUGAGAGUGUUGUUGCAUUACUGUUCCGCUCUCUCUUUUCCUGAUGAAAGCUGAUGCUAUAUACAGCUCAAGAUGCCUCUGGAUUUCUUUCUUUUUCAACAUCAGUCUAAGGAAGAAAAAUGAACAAGGGUUUGAGGAGGCAGACUGCCAAACAUACACUCAUGUGCCCCUCAAUGGCGCUCCGCCCUCCCACCAACAACCCCCCCCAAUCCUCUUGGCUCCAACUCUUGAUCCCUUCUGAUCCUAGUGGGGCAGGGUCAGCCCCGCAGCGACAAGCAUGGAGGGGUGAGGGGGAAAAAAAAAAACUUUAGACAUCACCCUGAGCCAAAAUGGCAGGUUGCCUUUUUAUCGACGGACACCUCAGAGACGCUGGAGCACGGGCUGGCAGACUUUUUGCUCAAACAGGCCCUUAACCUCAAUACCACCCCAUAGAGAGAUAACAUGGACGUCUGGAAGGAGAGACGUUCAACAAACUCAUGGUGUGAGGCGUCAGUUUCUCGAUAUACAAGCAGGUUUGGUACAGGAAAUGCUGAACAUGAUGGUGUUUCAAAGAUGCUGAGGAUAAAGGUACUAGUGUGUGUAUGUGUGUGUGAUGAGUCAUGGAAGAUGAGUAAAUGACUAGAUCAAUAAAUAUAUAUGGUAUGAUGGUUAAAGGUGAGGAUAUAUACAAGGCAGAGGGAGCGUGAGGGAUGGUGGUUGCACACAGAGAAAGCACAAGGCUCAUUUGGAGUCCUGAUGUACAGCAUUGUAAUUAUUUCAACAGAGUUCUACAGAAUGGAUUUUAGCCUAUAAAUAUCUUUCUUACUGUGCUUGGGGAUAGUUGUUAUCAUCAUUAUUAUAAAUAUGAACAUGAUUCUGAUAUUGAUCCUCCCAUUCCCUCCCCCUGUCCUGUCAGGGUACUGGACUAUACGAGUGUUCUGUAUCGCAAUGUAACUGUGUAUUUUGAUAUCACCGCCAGUCACUCCCUCAGAUCUGUAUUUGUCGAAACUCGGGCCUUCAUCUCCCAACUUCCAACCACUAAUUUGCACCCCACGAGCCACACGCACCCUCCCCCCCUCCCCUCACUCCUCUUUUUAUUUUACUGGGGUCGCCUCUUUGUUAAUGUACAGUUUUCAGAGCACAAAAUGAAUGUGUCUUAUUUCUAAUAAAAGCAUAUCUAUAUAAUAAA